UGUUGUUGUUUAGCCGCAGGGGCAGUGAAUAAAUCCGUUUUUCACAUUAGUAAUUUUCUGCGCUGAAUUGCAGAAAGAGCACUAAAAAAGCGCAGGCGUCCCAGGGGUUGGCUCCGUGUGGACUGAAAUGAAAGGUAAAGAGCGGUCGCCCAUCAAAAAACGCUCCCGGGCCUUGGACGACAUUCGAGACAGAGGAGGAUGCCACCCGACCAGCAAGAAAAUGGGGGCUAUCUCCGUCUCCAGUGGGAGUAAUAAUGGGAAUAGCUCGACCAAAAGCGACGGCGGUUCGACAAGAAGGAGUCUGCUCGGCGAAAAAAGAGACCGAGAUUUUGACGGUCAUAGCCGGACGGGAAACAAUCACAGUUUGUCUGCUGCCGCAAGCUCCGUUGGCAAAAACCACAACCUGAGCCUGACGCUGGAUUUAGCCUCACCGAGGACCACUUCACGGGGGGAGCAGCGGGUUCAGCCGCCCGGCGCCGAGAGUGAGUACAAGACCCUCAAAAUAAGUGACCUCGGCGCCCAGUUGAGCGACGAAGACAUAGAGGAUGGACUCUUUCACGAAUUUAAAAAAUUCGGAGAUGUAAGCGUUAAGAUAAGCCGUAGCAACGACGAACGGAUAGCCUUCGUGAAUUUCAGGAAGCCGGAGGACGCCAGAGCUGCUAAGCACGCGAGGGGACGGUUGGUGCUGUACGACCGUCCGCUGAAAAUUGAGGCGGUUUACAUCAACAGGAGGAGAAGCCGCUCCCCUGUGGAGAGAGACUUGUAUGGUGCAGCUCAAAGCCACAGACAUUUGCAGAGACCCCUCUCGCCCACUGGGCUUGGAUACAGAGACUACCGGCUGCAGCAGCUGGCUUUGGGGCGGCUCCCCCCUCCCCCGCCGCCCCCUUUGCCCAGAGAGCUGGAGCGGGACAGAGAGUUCGCCCUGUUUGAAGCCAGGGCACGUCCAGCUUUCAUUGCAGAGCGAGCAGCUUUUCGUGAGGAGGAUUUUAUAUCUCCAGAAGAUGACCAAAGAGCCAAUAGGACGUUGUUUUUAGGCAAUCUGGACAUAACGGUUACAGAAGCGGACCUGAGGAGAGCUUUUGACAGGUUUGGGGUCAUAUCAGAAGUGGACAUUAAAAGACCCACACGGGGACAAAUCAGCACAUAUGGAUUUCUAAAAUUUGAGAACCUUGACAUGGCUCACCGUGCUAAGCUUAGUAUGUCUGGAAAAGUAGUGGGCCGCAACCCCAUAAAGAUUGGUUAUGGGAAAGCAACUCCCACCACACGCCUGUGGGUGGGUGGACUUGGACCCUGGGUUCCUUUAGCCGCCCUGGCAAGAGAGUUUGAUCGUUUUGGCACUAUCAGGACCAUAGACUACAGAAAGGGGGACACUUGGGCCUACAUUCAGUAUGAAAGUUUGGACGCUGCACAAGCAGCAUGCACGCACAUGAGGGGCUUCCCGCUGGGGGGUCCCGAGAGGAGACUUAGGGUGGACUUUGCUGACACUGAGCAUCGUUACCAGCAGCAGUUCCUGCAGCCUCUCCCAAUACCACCUUUUGACAUGGUGGCUGAGUCAUUUGUCCACCGUGCCACUCCUGAACCUCUGAGGGUCAGGGAACGGACUCCACCGCCGCUUCACUUCAGGGAGCGAGAGCUCUUUCCUGGAACUGAGUGGCCCAAUCCAGCUAUUCGUGAUAGGGUACGUGCCUCACCCUUUGAGCCCCUGGAGCACUUGGAACGUGAGCGGCGGGCACGGGAGCCCUGGUCUUUGGAACGAGAGCUGCAAGGACGAGAAGCCGUACGCAAGCGGCGUGUAAUGGAGGACGGACGCCAUAUAGACCACUCUCCUGACAGCACUGAGAGGACAGUAAGACGUAGGCGCGCUUCUCCAGAUGGUAGUCCUGGAGGUAGCAGCAGAGAUGGAGGGCGCUUCAGUGACUCAGAGCGCCCUCUGCGGAGCGAGAGACCCUCCCCCACACGAGAACAUCACAGCGGACUGGAAAGAGGUGGGGCUGAACGGAGACUUAAAAACCAGAGUCUCUCUGACAAGGGACCUUUGAGUAGUAGCGUUUUGGCAGUUGGAGAGCGUAAGCGCAAAGCAGGCGAUGGUGGUAAGGGGCCGGCCAAGAGAGAACGUUCUGAGAGCAACGCCAAGGGAGGCCAGCCAUCCAAACCAGACGGCACCAAACUUGGUUUGGCCUGGCACGGCAUGUUGUUGCUCAAGAACAGCAACUUCCCAGCCAACAUGCACCUGCUGGAGGGCGACCACAACGUAGCCAGCGACCUGCUUGUUGACGGCACAACGGGGAGGCAGGUGAGCGAGCUAAAGAUCACCCAGCGUCUCCGUCUGGACCAGCCCAAGCUUGACGAGGUGUCCCGGCGCAUCAAGGUGGCGGGUCCCGGCGGCUACGCCAUCCUGCUGGCAGUUCCUGGGACCACAGAGGAUACAUCUUCGACCGACCCUGCAGCCUCAACUCAGCGGCCGCUUCGCAACCUGGUGUCCUACCUCAACCAAAAACAAGCAGCUGGAGUCAUCAGUCUGCCUGUGGGGGGGGGCAGAGAUAAAGACAACACAGGGGUUCUUCAUGCUUUCCCUCCCUGUGAUUUCUCCCAGCAGUUCCUGGAUUCCUCUGCCAAAGCUCUGGCUAAAAGUGAAGAGGACUAUCUGGUCAUGAUUGUCGUUCGUGGAGCAUCUUGAAAAAAAAAAAAAAAAAAAAAAAAACCCAGAACACACUAAGUUCAAGUGGUGUAAAAAAAAAUGUCUGCUGUAUGUCAGUAACUAUUGCAUGCUGUGUGUUCUGCGUUAUGGGGUACACUAGUAUGGUUCUUGAGUACUUUGUAUGUUGCCAUGUAAUCCACUUUAAGGACAGACAAACUAAAAGGAUGUGUGUUUUUGAAAUUAUUUUUUCAGGGUGAAUGACAUGCUCUCCAGGUCAUAAACCUGCAGUAAUUCAGUCAGAAUACUGUAAAACAGUAAAAUAUGAGGAGCAUUUGUUGAAUAAAUUUCAGUUUCACGUAAGAAGAGAUAAGUCCUAUAGAAAACAAAUAUUUGGUUCAAUCACAGGUUUAAAAUCUUAGCUUCCGAACUCUGCCACAAGAAAAGAAAUAGCAAAUGUAGAAAUGCAACAAGUAGACACAGUAACACCUCCACUACAAUAAAAUGGGCCUCACAAGCCAGUACAGGGUGGAAGCAACAUCUCUCUGAUGCAGUGUUAACAAAAGCUGAAAAUACAAGCUUAACAAAGGUCUCGUUUGUUUCUGGGCUAAUGUACUGAAUAGCUCUAUAUAGAGGUUGUGCAGGUGUUAUUGUGUCUACCUGCUACACAGGUAUUUACAUGAGGGGAAAAUCAGAAAACUUUUUCAAAGCUUUGAAUUGCAGUGCAAUAAUAUUUCUACUAUAAUCACUUUUUGAUGGAUGAGACAAAGGUGCGCAUGACAUUUUUUGAAUUGAAGGUUUCCGUUAAAGGUGUGAUGAUUUGGUACUGCAGUUACAAAGCUAAUCUCUUUGGAGAAAGAACAUUUUGAAAGGUCAAAACAUGUUGCACAACUCCUCUUUAGCACACCACACUCCAUUCACCAGAUGUGGUUUUUUUUUUUUUUUGGCUAUCUUACCUUCUUCAGGUAACCAUCCUGAUCACAAUGAAAUGGCUUUAGAAGUUUCAUGAUUGGAGUAGCAUAGUAAAGCAAAUACUAACAUGUUUUUCAUAUUUUUUACUUCACAUUUUAUUUUGUGCAUCCCUACCUUAGAAAUGGUUGUGUAAUGUGAUCUAUGAAAAACUACAGUCGUAGUGGAUAAAAAGCUUAGAGAGUU